UUAAUAAUUUUUUGUUCAAAUCUGCUCUUUAAUUCUGGUAUAUAGAGAGGGUUUGGUACUUCAAAUGUUAGACCAAAGCCUAGUUUGUUAGUUGUCACUGAGAGAACAAAGAGAACAACUUGGGCAAAAUCUAAAGCGUACAGCUAGGCGAAUAAUCUUGCAAGAAUUUCACCCAGAUAUGGAGGAGUCUUCUUUCUUUCAGUGCUCAAUUACUCCAGAUUUCUCCCCUGCAUCAUCGUUUGGGUCGCCAGAGCCUUUUUCUAGUUGCUGGGAUGAGCUUCUUCCUUUCAACUUCAAUGAUUCUGAAGAAACGCUUUGGAUGGAUUUGUUGGCUGAAGGGCCUAAAGAAUCCUCAGAGUCUAACUCCACCGAUGGUGUAAAGGAGGAAGAGGUUACCUCGGACGCUAAACAUGAAGAACCCAAGAAAGAAAAAAAUUACAGAGGGGUCAGGAAGAGGCCAUGGGGAAAAUAUGCAGCUGAGAUUAGGGAUUCAACGAGAAAUGGUGUCAGGGUCUGGCUAGGAACCUUUGACAGCGCUGAAGCCGCUGCUCUAGCUUAUGAUCAAGCAGCAUUUUCAAUGAGAGGGUCAUUGGCUACUCUCAAUUUCCCAAUAGAAGUUGUCAGGGAAUCGCUUCAGGACAUCAAGUAUCGAUGCGAAGAGGGUUGCUCCCCUGUUGUGGCUCUGAAGAAGAGACACUCCUUAAGGAAAAGAUCAAAGAACAAGAAAAGCAAACAAAACGAGACGGCAAGGCAACAACAAAACUUGGUGGUAUUGGAGGAUUUAGGAGCUGAUUUCUUGGAACAACUGCUAAGUUCAUGUGAAACUGCCGCUCCCCGGUAAAAACUCUUGCCAUUAGCGCUGGGGUUUUAAUUAGUUUUUACCUCCGAAUUUUUUUAUUCCAUUUCAUUUUUGUUUUUUUUCUUGAUCUCAUUGAAUCUUGUAACUGUCCGACUUUUCUUGGGGUGUUGAUUUGAGGUCUGUUAAAUCUUGUUCCAUACUUCAUCUUAUCCGAUCUUGGUUUCUUGUAUAGUUGAAACUUGAAAAUGAUAGGAAAGUAAAAAAUUUCACCUUUUA